CCUGGGGUGCGGUGAGGGCUCCAGCAGAUGAUGAUGAACCCGCCCUCGGCACGUGGUAAGUUCUCCAUAAGUGGGCUCAGUAAAAUCUCUCUCCCGGGAAAACUCCCCACAGUGCGCGAGGAUGAGGCUGGGAAUGUGAAGAGAAGGGCGGGGACAGGCGAGGACUUCAGGCUAGGGUUGCAGGUCCAGCCAGGGGCGGAGUCUCCUCCGGGUCGGGUGGGGACCGUGCUCUCCCCUGGAGGCACGUAGGGACCUGGCCGGCCGUGCGGCUGCCCAGGCGCUAUGGCGAGCGCGGUCGGGAGGUCGAGGUCGUGGCCCCGGCUGGGGCUCCUGCUCCAGUUCGCGGCGCUGCUCGGGACGCUGAAUCCACAGGUUCAUACUCUCAGGCCAGAGAGCCUCCUGCUGGUGUCCACCUUGGAUGGAAGUCUCCAUGCACUGAGCAAACAGACAGGGGACCUGAAGUGGACUCUGAGGGAUGAUCCUGUCAUCCAAGGACCAAUGUAUGUCACAGAAAUGGCCUUUCUGUCUGACCCAGCUGAUGGCAGCCUGUACAUCUUGGGGACCCAAAAACAACAGGGAUUAAUGAAACUGCCAUUCACCAUCCCUGAGCUGGUUCAUGCCUCUCCCUGUCGAAGCUCUGAUGGGGUCUUCUACACAGGCCGGAAGCAGGAUGCCUGGUUUGUGGUGGACCCUGAGUCAGGGGAGACCCAAAUGACAUUGACCACAGAGGGUCCCCCCACCCCUCGUCUCUACAUCGGCCGAACACAGUAUACGGUCACUAUGCAUGACCCAAGGGCCCCGGCCCUGCGCUGGAACACCACCUACCGCCGCUACUCAGCACCCCCCAUGGAUGGCUCACCUGGGAAAUCAGACAUGAGCCACCUGGCAUCCUGUGAGAUGGGCCUGCUGCUCACUGUGGACCCAGGAAGCGGGACAGUGCUGUGGACACAGGAUUUGGGUGUGCCUGUGAUGGGCAUCUACACCUGGUACCAGGAUGGCCUGCGCCAGCUGCCGCAUCUCACACUGGCUCGAGACACCCUGCAUUUCCUCGCCCUCCGCUGGGGCCACAUCCGACUACCUGCCUCAGGCCCCCAGGAUACGGCCACCCUCUUCUCUGCCUUGGACACCCAGCUGCUGAUGACGCUGUAUGUGGGGAAGGAUGAAGCUGGCUUCUAUGUCUCUAAAGCACUGGUCCACACAGGAGUGGCCCUGGUGCCUCGUGGACUGACCCUGGCCCCCACAGAUGGCCCUACCACAGAUGAGGUGACACUCCAAGUCUCAGGAGAGCGAGAGGGCUCACCCAGCACUGAUGUCAGAUACCCCUCAGGCAGCGUGGCCCUCCCAAGCCAGUGGCUGCUCAUUGGACAUCAUGAGCUACCCCCAGUCCUGCACACCACCAUGCUGAGGGUCCAUCCCACCCCAGGGAGUGGGACUACAGAGACAAGACCCCCAGAGAACACCCAAGCCCCAGCCUUCUUGGAGCUAUUGAGCCUGAGCCGAGAGAAACUCUGGGACUCCAACCUGCAUCCAGAAGAGAAAACUCCAGACUCUUACAUGGGACUGGGCCCACAAGACCUGCUGGCAGCUAGCCUCACUGCUGUCCUCCUGGGAGGAUGGAUUCUCUUUGUGAUGAGGCAGCAGCAGCCACAGGUGGUGGAGAAGCAGCAAGAGACUCGCCUGACACCUGCAGACUCUGCUCACAUCUCCCAGGAUGCCCAGUCCCUGCACUCAGGGGCCACCCCAAAGAGCCAGAAGAGGCUCCGAAGUCCCUUAAAGCAAGCCCAGCCACUUGACAACCCUGAAGCUGAGCAACUCACCGUAGUGGGGAAGAUUUCCUUCAAUCCCAAGGACGUGCUGGGCCGUGGGGCAGGCGGGACUUUCGUUUUCCGGGGACAGUUUGAGGGACGGGCAGUGGCUGUCAAGCGGCUCCUCCGAGAGUGCUUUGCUCUGGUUCGGCGGGAAGUUCAACUGCUGCAGGAGUCUGACAGGCACCCCAACGUCCUCCGCUACUUCUGCACCGAGCAGGGACCCCAGUUCCACUACAUUGCCCUGGAGCUCUGCAGGGCCUCCUUGCAGGAGUACGUAGAAAACCCGGACCUGGACCGCGGGGGCCUGGAGCCCGAGGUGGUGCUGCAGCAGCUGAUGUCUGGGGUGGCCCACCUGCAUUCUUUACACAUAGUGCACCGGGACCUGAAGCCAGGCAAUAUUCUUAUCACUGGGCCUGACAGCCAGGGCCUAGGCAGGGUGGUGCUCUCGGAUUUCGGCCUCUGCAAGAAGCUGUCUGCCGGGCGCUGCAGCUUCAGCCUCCACUCAGGCAUCCCUGGCACGGAAGGCUGGAUGGCACCCGAGCUCCUGCAGCGCCUGCCACGAGACAGUCCUACCAGCGCUGUGGACAUCUUCUCUGCAGGCUGCGUGUUCUACUACGUGCUUUCUGGUGGCAGCCACCCCUUUGGAGAGAGUCUUUAUCGCCAGGCAAACAUCCUCACAGGAGUUCCCUGUCUGGCCCACCUGGAGGAAGAGGUCCAUGAUAAGGUGGUUGCCCGGGACCUGGUUGGAGCCAUGUUGAGCCCACCGCCGCAGGCACGCCCCUCUGCCGCCCAGGUGCUGGCCCACCCCUUCUUUUGGAGCAAAGCCAAGCAACUCCAGUUCUUCCAGGAUGUCAGCGACUGGCUGGAGAAGGAGUCUGAGCAGGAGCCCCUGGUGAGGGCGCUGGAGACAGGAGGCUGUGCAGUGGUCCGGGACAACUGGCAUGAACACAUCCCUGUGCCGCUCCAGACAGAUCUGAGAAGGUUCCGGUCCUAUAAGGGGACAUCAGUACGAGACCUGCUGCGUGCCGUGAGGAACAAGAAACACCACUACAGGGAGCUCCCAGUCGAGGUGCGACAGGCACUUGGCCAAAUCCCUGACGGCUUCGUUCAGUACUUCACAAACCGCUUCCCACGGCUGCUCCUUCAUACGCACCAAGCCAUGAGGAGCUGCACCUCCGAGAGCCUGUUCUUGCCCUACUACCUGCCAGCGUCAGAAGCCAGGGGACCAUGCCCUGGGGCCGCAGGGAGGUGAGGUGGGCCAGAGACCACACAGAUGGUCUUCAAGCUGGCUGGCUGAAGAGUUGAGACUGUAGCUGGCCUCGGAAUCAGAAAAGACUGCCAGUCUGAGUGCAGUGGCUCACACCUGUAAUCCCCACAUUUUGGGAGGCUGUGAGAGGAUCAAUUGAGCUCAGGAGUUCAAGGCCAGCCUGGCCAACAUGGCAAGACCCCAUCUCUACAACAAAUUUUAAAAAUUAGCCAGACAUGGUGGUGUAUGCCUAUAGUCCUAGCUGCUUGGGAGGCUGAGGUGGGAGAAUCGCUUGAGCCCAGGAGUUUGAGGUUGCAGUGAGCCACGAUCAUGACACUGCACUCCAGCCUGGUGGACAGAGAGACAGUGUCUCAAAAAGCACACCACCCAAGACUGGCAGAGACUGGGCGGCCUGGGGCUGAUGAAGCAGAGAUGUUCCCUGGAGCCCAGGUCCUACCCCUCAGGAAAGACAAAAAAAAGAAGAUU